AUGGAUGCGACGAAGCUUAGUGAGCUCAAGAUCUUCAUCGAUCAAUGCAAGUCUGACCCUUCCCUUCUCUCUACACCUGCUCUCUCCUUCUUCCGUGAGUAUCUCGAAAGUCUUGGUGCUAAGCUACCAACUGGUGCUAAUGAAGAAGGCAAAGACUCCAAAGCGAGGAGUUUCGUAGUUGAAGAGGAGAGUGAUGAUGAGAUGGAGGAAACUGAAGAAGAAGCGAAACCAAAAGUGGAGGAAGAAGAAGAGGAGGAAGAGAUUGUUGAAUCUGAUGUUGAGCUUGAAGGAGACACUGUUGAACCUGAUAAUGAUCCUCCCCAGAAGAUGGGAGAUUCAUCAGUGGAGGUGAGCGAUGAGAACCGAGAAGCUGCUCAAGAAGCUAAGGGCAAAGCCAUGGAAGCUCUCUCUGAAGGAAAGUUUGAUGAAGCCAUUGAGCAUUUCACCCAGGCAAUAACAUUGAAUCCAACAUCAGCAAUUCUGUAUGGAAACAGAGCUAGCGUCUACAUUAAGUUGAAGAAGCCAAACGCUGCUAUUCGUGAUGCAACUGCUGCCUUGGAGAUCAAUCCUGAUUCUGCUAAGGGAUACAAGUCACGAGGCAUGGCCCGUGCAAUGCUUGGAGAAUGGGCAGAGGCUGCAAAAGAUCUUCACCUUGCUUCUACCAUAGACUAUGAUGAGGAAAUUAGUGCUGUUCUCAAGAAGGUUGAGCCUAAUGCUCAUAAGCUGGAGGAGCACCGUAGGAAGUACGACAGAUUGAGGAAGGAAAGAGAUGACAAGAAGGCUGCGCGUGAUAGACAACGUCGCCGUGCUGAAGCACAGGCUGCGUAUGAUAAAGCUAAGAAACAGGAACAGUCAUCAUCAAGCAGACAACCAGGGGGCGGUUUCCCGGGAGGCAUGCCCGGUGGUUUCCCUGGAGGCAUGCCAGGUGGUUUCCCGGGAGGUAUGCCCGGCGGCUUCCCUGGAGGUAUGCCUGAUUUUGGCGGUGGUGGAUUCCCAGGAGGUAUGCCUGCUGGUAUGGGCGGUGGUAUGCCCGCCGGUAUGGGCGGAGGUAUGGGCGGUAUGCCUGGUAUGGGAGGUAUGCCGGGUGGUGGCGGUAUGCCCAGUGCUGGCGGUGGCGGUGGUGGGAUGCCAGGAGGUGUUGACUUCAGCAAAAUACUGAAUGAUCCGGAGCUAAUGACGGCAUUCAGCGACCCAGAAGUCAUGGCUGCACUUCAAGAUGUGAUGAAGAACCCUGCGAAUCUGGCGAAGCAUCAGGCGAACCCGAAGGUGGCUCCGGUGAUUGCAAAGAUGAUGGGCAAAUUCGGAGGAGGAGCUCCCAAGUAA